ACCAGUACAGUGUGUCUGCAUUGCGUCGCAGCUCGCCCCUCCCUCCUCCCUCCAGUCUCUCCGGUUCUGCAGCUUGUUCUCCUUCUUCUUCUCAGCGGCUUCUUGUUUUUGCGCAGCGGCAGAAAGACGCACUCGGAGCGGCUCGGCGUGCGGCUGCGGCUCUUUCAGCUGCGGUUCUUCCGCUGCGUCCUUCUUCGGCUCCACAAUGAUUUGGACAAAUCUUCGCUUUUCGCCGCCGCGCCGCCACUCCGCUCCGUGUGAAGCCGCCUCCCGCUCCUCCUCCUCCCGCUGCGGGCUGCUGCGGUCCGCGCUGAAAACCGAGAGGAUCCGGAUGUGGACCAAGACUACAUAGUCUAUUAAUAUUUCAGAGAUACUGUAAAGCGAUAUCAGCGUUAACAGGAGGCGGUGGGCGGCCGGAGGACGACGGGACGCGGUUCCAGCUCUGGACUCAGGUGAUGAAGAGCUGAAGGAGAUGAUGGUGAUGAUGAUGAUGAUGAUGAUGAAGGAGCAGGAGGCUCUGCUCAGCUCUUAGGAGCUUCUGAUCUCCAGCUGAACCUCCACCCUCCACCCAGCAGCAGGAUGACCGUGGUGUCCACAGAGAACAUGGAUGAGACCUCCACCCUGCCGGGUCACCCUCAGGACCCGUAUCCGCCCGACGACGACCACGACGACCACGACUGCUGCGAGCGUGUCGUCAUCAACAUCUCGGGGCUUCGCUUCGAGACGCAGCUCAAGACGUUGGCUCAGUUUCCGGAAACGCUGCUCGGGAACCCCAAGAAGAGGAUGCGCUACUUCGACCCUCUACGGAACGAAUACUUCUUCGACCGGAACCGGCCCAGCUUCGACGCCAUCCUGUAUUACUACCAGUCGGGGGGUCGGCUGAGGAGGCCGGUCAACGUUCCGCUGGAUAUGUUCUCAGAGGAGAUAAAGUUCUACGAGCUUGGCGCCGAGGCCAUGGAGAAGUUCCGUGAGGACGAGGGGUUUAUCCGGGAGGAGGAGCGACCGCUGCCGGAGAAGGAGUUCCAGCGGCAGAUCUGGCUCCUGUUCGAGCACCCGGAGAGUUCCGGUCCAGCCCGGGGGAUCGCCAUCGUGUCGGUGAUGGUUAUUCUUAUUUCUAUCGUCAUAUUUUGUUUGGAGACGUUACCGGAGCUGAAGGAGGACCCCAGCUACCGGAUGCAGACGGUGGGAAACACCACCGUGCUUUACAAACCCAACGUCCUCACAGACCCUUUCUUCGUGGUGGAGACGCUCUGCAUCAUCUGGUUCUCCUUUGAGUUGAUAGUUCGGUUCUUUGCGUGUCCCAGCAAGGCGGCAUUCUUUAAGAACAUGAUGAACUCCAUCGACAUCGUGGCUAUAAUCCCGUACUUCAUCACGCUGGGCACCGAGCUGGCCGACGACCAGGAGAACCGGGAGGGGAAAGGCGGCGGCGAACAGGCCACGUCUCUGGCUAUUCUCAGGGUCAUCCGCCUGGUCCGGGUCUUCCGGAUCUUCAAGCUGUCCCGCCACUCCAAGGGUCUCCAGAUCCUGGGUCAGACUCUGAAGGCCAGCAUGAGGGAGCUGGGGCUGCUCAUCUUCUUCCUCUUCAUUGGAGUCAUCCUCUUCUCCAGCGCCGUCUACUUCGCCGAGGCCGAGGAGAAGGAGUCCUUCUUCACCAGCAUCCCGGACGCCUUCUGGUGGGCCGUGGUCUCCAUGACGACGGUGGGCUACGGGGACAUGUACCCUGUCACCAUUGGAGGGAAGAUCGUGGGUUCGCUGUGCGCCAUCGCCGGCGUGUUGACCAUCGCGCUGCCGGUUCCAGUCAUCGUGUCCAACUUCAACUACUUCUACCACCGGGAGACGGAGGGUGAGGAGCAGGCCCAACUGCUCAAUGUCAGCAACCAGAACCUGGCGUCCGACACCAACUCCAGCCGGCGCAGCUCGUCUGUCGUCAGCAAGUCGGAGUACAUGGAGAUCGACGAGGACAUGAACAACAGCAUCGACAACUUUAGGGAGGCCAACCUCAGAACUGCCAACUGCACGGCGCCGAGCCAGAACUGCGUGAACAAGACGAAGCUGCUCACCGACGUGUGAGGCGGAGACGGAAACGCUCCUGUAAAUAUGUAGAAAUUCCCGGAUGCUUUACUCCCAAUGGUGCAUUCGACUCUCUCUGCAUCCAUUCAGACGUGUGAAGACUUUCCGUGCAGAUUUGUUUGGCAAUAGCACAAAGACGAGCAGGUGUUUUUGAUGAAUUACUCUCUAAAUGUAGUGACUUGUGCCCUCGAAUUCUCUCGCUAAAUUACAGGAACUCCUCUGAUCUAGAGUCACUUCAACUGCCGUGGGGUGCAGCCGCUUUGUUUGAGUUUAAACUGCCACUUUUCAGCAGAAAUAUUCUCUAAAACAGACCUGACGGAGUUCCCCUUUAACAGCAAUAGCACUGCCACUUUGCACCGAGAUACUUCAGAUAGAAGCGGUUCAAACUCGACAUUCCGUAGACGAUCCGGUCUGCAAGUUUAACGCAAUGCAGGUUUAUUUAGCAGCACUUUCCAACAAUAAGACCAUUCAUUGCACUUUACAUGUGACAGAAAAACAGGCAGUAGAAGCAGCUGCAGGGUUUACAGAGAAUAAAGCAGGAAGGGAUCGUUAUUUUAGUCAAAUAUCUGCAUCAGAAAUGAUCAGAAAACUGGGAAAAAUGUGGAUCAGUUUCCUCAGAUGUCUCGUUUCGUCCAAAGAGAGAAUGAAACCAGAAAACAUUCAGACGUUUUUACCGAAAUGUUCCUUAACCCUCCUGUUGUCUUCAUUUACCAAAAAAUAUUGUUUCCUUGUAUGAAAAAAAUCCCAAAAUUCAUCAAAAAGUUUCCAAAUUUCUGAAAAUUUGCAAAAACUUCAGGAAGAAAAUUCUAAUCAUUCCUUAAAAAUUUUAUUUUUAAAAAAAAUCCUCCAAAUUUGGCAAGACAAUUCUUGUAAAUAUUUUCAAAAAAUUAGUAAAAAUCUUCCAAAAAAAUCCUAAAAAUAUCUAAAGUGAUUCCAUAUAUAUCAGCAAAACUACCAAUAUAUUCUUUAAGAACAUUAACAAAAAAAAAAUCAACCAAAAUCCAGUGAAAUUCGCUGGAUUUUAGUUGAUUUUUAAGUGAAUGUUCUUAGAAACAUUUGAACAUUUCUUUUUUUCCACCAAAAAAUUUUCACAAAUUUCCCCAAAAAAUGUUAAAAAUGUGGACAUCAGAAGUUCCAUUGUGAAAAUCGAUUUUUUUCCACAUUUUAAAACUUUAAAAAUUUGACCCGCAGGACGACAUGAGGGUUAAACUGAAUAAUUGAUGGCGAUUAAUUGUUUGUUCUGGUUUUUAAAAGAAUAAAAGCAGAAUAACUGGAGCUACUUUUACUCUUUGUGGGGACAAUUUACUAAUUAGCCGAUAAUUUAUCAAACCUGCCAGACUUUGUGCGUCAGACUCAGAUUUCAGGAUCGAGGAACAAACGAAGCCCAGCUUAGAUUGGAGGAAGUUUCACAUCCUGCUGGAUUCCAGGUGGAGCUCAGGUGUGUUCUUCUGUGGCACAUCAGGGACGUUCUUCAGGCACCUUAAAGGACCGGGAGGCUGCGGGGUUCCUCCAUGCAACGCUCCUUUAUACCAACGCAUGUGGAGACUCUCUUCUCUUAUAUCGGCAUGCACAAGACGUUACCUCAUUUGUUUUUUGUAUUUUUUUUCUCUGUUGUCCUUCAUCUCCUCCUGGAUUUUCUCUCAUCAGUUUUCACCAAAGUGCACUGGCUGUUUGUUCUGUUUUCGGGAGCGUUCAGUGUUGAAUGUUUAAGGGAACAGGACUCCACCUUUACGAAGAUCAUGGCAUGUCCAAAUACUAAAGCAUCAAGGCCUAAUUAGCUCCAUGGUUUAGCUACGUAUACUCAAUGCAUGACAGUGUCAGUAUUAAUGCCUGCAGUCAUGGAGGGAUGAAGGUGAGGAUGACGAUGAUCCUCAUUACUGUCGACAGGAUGCAUGACGGAGCCGAAGGGGACAAAUCUGCUAGAAUAAAACACAAAAAAAAAAAACAGAAUCAAGGGGGAAAAAAAGAGAAUUUGAGGAUCUCUUUAAAAAAAAAGACUUUCUCUGUUGAAGCUGUGAUCUCUGAUGAAGGAGUGCAUGGGUCAUCUCUGUGUUUUCAUUUCAACCUUUAAUCCGUUCAAGAAGGAAGGCAGGAAUAUUUAUCAGACUUCACAGGUGUGUCUAAAGUUAGCUUCUAGUGCCUUGAACCCCGUCUGACCAUAGAAUAAAGUGCCUCCGAUGCGACAGAGAGCUGAACUUCUGGAACUGAAUUUAUUCAGCAGUUUAUUAAACCGGUCCUGGGUGGUGACACACAGCGGCAGAAAAGACAGAAAAUGUCAAAUAUGUGUCUUCUGUUGUUGGAUAUCUGCAGGUUCUUCAGUGUUCUAGUGUUCCUCCUCAAUGUUCUCGCCAAAUAUUGCUGCUUAUUCACUUGGAAAUUAGAGAAAUGCAGUUUUAAGCAGUGAAUCUUGAACUCUCGUGUCGUCCUGCGGGUCAAAUUUUUAAAGUUUGAAAAUGUGGAAAACGUAUAUUUUCACAGUGAAACUUCUGACGUCCAUAUUUUCAACAUUUUUUGGUGGAAAAAAAAUGUUUCUUAAGAACAUGCACAUAGAAAUCAACCAAAAUCCAGCGAAAAUCUCUGGAUUUUGGUUGAUUUUUUUGUGAAUGUUCUUGAAGAAAAUAGAAGUUUUACUGAUAUAUAUGGAAUCACUUUAGAUAUUUUUAGGAUUUUUUGGAAGCUUUUUACUCAUUUUUUGAAAAUAUUUACAAUUUUCUUGCCAAAUUAUUUUUUUAAAUUAAACUUUUUAGGGAAAAUUUUCAUCAACUAUUGGAUUUUUCUUCCUGAAGUUUUGUAAAUUUUCAGAAAUUUGGGGAAUUCUUUUGCUGAGUUUUUGGAUUUUUUUUCACACAAGGAAACAAUAUUUUUUGGUAAAUGAAGACAACAGGAGGGUUAAUGAGAAUAAACCUGAAAUGAAGCAGCAGAAGUAGAUCUGAACUGAGCUGCUUCUGGUUCUAAUGAGGGUUCAGCUGUUCGUCUACAGAUUCAAACUCAAAGAAACCAUCUUAUAUCAUCUGCUUCGGUUAACUACAUGCUCAUUCUAUUAGCUCUGGAUUAGCCAUAGAAGCUAACUGAUAGAAAUGCCCACAUUGCUGCUGUGUGUUAGCAGCUGUGGCUAAUGAUGCAACAGAAACGAUCCUGUUGGAUUAGCUAUGGAGGCUAACUGGCUAACCAGGCUAGCUGAGUCUACACAGAAUAAAAUAUGCUAAUUAUUCAGCAGAUUAGCAGCUUUAGCUUCCUGGUUCUGGUUUAUCCAACAAACUACUAGUUAAAAAACUAAACCAGACUCAGAAGAAGCUCCUUGGAUUAAUUAAAAAAAAAUUCAGAAGAAAAUUCCUCAAAUUUCUGAAAAUUUGCAAAACCUUCAGGAAGCAAAUUCCAAUAAUCUUUAAAAGUAUAUUUUCAAAAAAUUAGCAAAAAUCUUCCAAAAAAGCCAAAAAAUAUCUAAAGUGAUUCCAUAUAUAUCAGUAAAUCUUUUAACAUUUUUUUUAAAUCAUUGCUUUUUUUUUCCCACAGAAAAAUGUUAAAAAAUUUCCCAAAAAUGUUGAAACUGUGGACAUAAAAAUAUAUUUUUUCCCACAUUUUCAAACUUUGACCCACAGGACGACACGAGGGUUAAAUGUAAAUCAGAGAGAUGAACCAGUUUAUGGACAAAUUCAUAAAAAAAUGUAAAGAAAAGCUGGAAAUGUUCCGUGUUGUUAAAGCAGCCGAUCUUCUAGAACUUCAGGAAGGUUCUGACUGAAAACAGAUCAGAAAAACUGCAGUAAAAAUGGAGCAAAUGAUGGUUUAACUCAGCGUUUCUGGAGAAGAACAUGCAGCUCAGUGCUACUGCCAGGCUUGGCUGGAUGUUUCUGCAGAGAUGAUGGAUCUGACCUCAGCGUUUCCUCUACACAACAUCACCACAGGCGUUAGUCACUCUGCAGCCGUAAAAUGGCUGCUGCUGCCGUUUCCUCCUCGCUCUGAAGCUGCUGCAGAGUUCAGGGAAAAACGCUGCGUCUUUCAAUCAACCAGUCACUUUACUGCUUUAUUUACUAUCCAACCAGUCAGUUUACUGCUUUAUUUACUAUCCAACCAGUCAGUUUACUGCUUUAUUUACUAUCCAACCAGUCACUUUACUGCUUUAUUUAAUAUCUAACCAGUUUACUGCUUUAUUUACUAUCCAACCAGUUUACUGCUUUAUUUAGUAUUCCUGGAUACAGACACAGAUGUGAUCAGGUGUGAUCAAUAACUACGAUCAGGAUCCAACCAAACGUCCACACGAAGUCUCCUGAUCUGCUGCUGCAGCUGGACUGAUGAUGAGAUGACCUGAUUAAAAACAAUGAUAAAAAACUGAAAAUUUGAUCUCUAAUGAUCUAAUCAUCCCGUUAAGUUCAGCCAAAGCUUCUGUUUGAUUUAUGAAAAAUUCUCCAUCAUAUGAUAAAGACAGAAAACCAAACUUUUCUGUUUCCACGAGUCGCUGAUAAAAGUUAGAUUUCUUCUUCUGGUUUUAGCUUCAUCUUCUAGGUGUACUGAGCUGUGUGUCACCAACCACAAUCUGUUUCCUGAACUGCUGCUGAAUCAAAAAUCCCUUUAAAGAACAUUUCAGAGGUAAAUUAAUCAGAGCUUCAUCCCGAGGGAGCAAAAUUUACAAUUCCACGUUUUUUUAGAGGUAAAAUCACAAAGAAGAAGACGUAAUUGUGGAGUCAGUGGGAACAUCUUCAGCUUGUUGCUUUUAGCUUCUGUUUGUUGGUUUUUAAGGGACCAAACCAGCUUCUACUUCAUCAGAUCUUCAGCUCAAACGAUCACAGAACCGAACAGGGCAGAAGAACCCGAGUUAGAUUCUAAAACUGCCAUCAAUCUGAGUCCGUUUACAAGCUUCCUACUACCCCGUCCAAACCGACCAAUCAGUGAGGUUAUCAGUGAUCGAUCGGCUUUGAGCUGCAGAUCAAACGUUUAAAUCGUUUCUUAUUUCUGCUUCUCUCAGAAAAACUCCUAAAACAUUUUUAUGAUUCUAACAGAGUUCCUCAGCCUGGUUCAGAUCCACUGAAAGAUCAAACAGCCUGGUAGAGAACCUGAUGAGCAUUAGUAGAAAAACCUGAGGAACAUUAGUAGAAAAACCUGAGGAACAUUAAUAGAAGAACCUGAGGAACAUUAGUAGAAAAACCUGAGGAACAUUAGUAGAACACCUGAGGAACAUUAAUAGGCUUCUGGUUCUAAUAAAUAGUUAAAUAAUUAUUAAUAAAUUGAUCCGUUUAAAACGUUAGAACUCUGAUUCUGGAUCUGAUCUGAUUCUGAGAAGUGGAAGGAACCAGUUGAGGAACUCUCGA